AUGAGAGGGUUCGAGAGGAGAGGCGUCCGGCAGUACAACCGGUCGGACGAGCCGCGGAUGCGGUGGACGGAGGAUCUGCACCGGCAGUUCAUCGAGGCCGUCGACUGCCUCGGCGGCCAGGACGAGGCAACGCCGAAGCGAAUUCUUCAGCUGAUGGGCGCCAAGGGUGUCAGCAUAUCUCACGUCAAGAGCCAUCUCCAGAUGUACAGAUCAAGCUCUAGCAACACCAACAGCAACGGUGGUCCACCCAAUGCGUCUGUGGAUCGCCGUCGGGGUCACCGUGCCGUCGACACAUCGUGGAAUGGCCAUGGGAACGACAUGGUGGCGGCUUCAGACAGAAUCGACGCUUCUUCUUGCACCGUGCCUCCCCACGGCCACCGCUCGUCGCCGCCGUACCAAAUACCGUCGAUCCAAGAGGUUUUCGGGAGCUGGGAGCAGAGUAGAGGGAGGCUGCCAUGGAACUCCAUCAUGCUAUCAGAGAAGGCGACCGGCUGGGCACGUCACGCUGACAGCAGAACACGUCAGAAGAAUCAGCAGCCGGCGGCGGGAUGUGACCUGAAGCUGUCGAUCGGCCGGUGCGAGGAGGAGGCCAUGGUCGCCAGCAGCGACGCCGACGUCUCGAGCAUGACCACCGAGGAGUCUGCCGCCGUGCCGACGAGGGAUCGAGGAGCCGACGACCGCCGCCGCUCAGACACCGCUGGUCUGAACCUUGACCUGAACCUGGACCUCGCCAUCUCAUCUUCUUGGCUCUGA